AUGGAAGCGCCUCCCAAACCAUCAUCCCACAACCUCUUCGAGGUGUACCUGCGUCUUCGCCCGCCGCCGGCCGGCGCCACUUCGACACCAGAUCGCAUCCUGAACAUCGAGGAGCCCGAGGACAAGGAAAAGUCGCACCCGUCGCACAUUACGCUGAACCCGCCGACCGAUCGACGGCGGGCUAUUGAAAAGUUUGCCUUUACCAGGGUAUUCGAGGACGAUGCCUCGCAGCUGGACGUUUUCCACUGCACAGAGAUUGCCUCUCUGGCCGAGGGUGUGUUGGGCCCCCGGGGCGGCGACGGGACGGAUGCCGUCGUUGCGACGCUCGGAGUGACGGGCUCAGGAAAGCGCGGCCUGACCCAGCUUGCGCUCGAUGUUCUUUUCCGAUCCAUUGGCCCGAACAUGCUCGAGUCGACGUCGCUUCCGUCGGUUAUCGAAUCCCUCCAGGCGUGCGAUCCGUCAGAGUCGGUUCUCUCGGCGGCGUCGUGCUUUCUUGAAUCUGUUUUUGCCGAUGCGUUGGGCCACUCGCGAGGGCCUUCGCGGGCGGCAACGCCCAUGCUGGUACGACCAUCCAUGCCGCGCGUCUCUUUUGUCCGCUCUCCCGAGUCGUCGUGCGGCGCGUAUCCCAAGGGUGGUUUGGCAGUCCAGAUCCCGGGGACGUACCCCGAUUCAGCUGCGUCAAGCCCGAAAAGUGUCAGGCUUGUCAGUGAGACGGAGCAGAACCGCAAGCUGAAGGAGCACCAGGAUGCUGGCGUUGCUGCAUCGCUUCCCAAGCGGGAGAGGGAGAGCAAGAGGCACUUCAUGUCCCUGACUGCCACUGCGCGUGUGAAGAAUGUUACUAAACUGGGAGUAAAGGGAGACCACGGCGUCAUGUCGCCUGGACCGCGACGAAACCUUGCCCGACCGUCUGCGCUUCCCCAGACGCCCGACAUCAGCGGCAUCAACAUUUCGUGCGAUUCGUCGGCCGAGUACGCCAUUGUCGUGUCCAUGUACGAAGUCCACAACGACCGAAUCUACGACCUCCUCACGCCUGCGACCAGGUCGGCCGCCACGAAAGAGUUUCGCAGACGGCCGCUGCUCUUCAAGUCGACGGAGCUGUCUCCCGACCGAAAGGUUGUUGCCGGCCUGCGCAAGGUAGUCUGCGCCUCGUUCAAGGAUGCCAUCAUGGUGCUCGAGGCUGGCCUUUUGGAGCGCCGGGUUGCUGGUACUGGCAGCAACAGCGUUUCCAGCCGGAGCCACGGCUUCUUCUGCUUCGAGGUCAAGAAGCGCACCAGAAGCAGGCGGCCUGGGCCUUGGGGCGGGAGCAAGCUUACUAUUGUCGACUUGGCCGGCAGUGAGCGUGCUCGAGAGGCAAAGACUCAGGGUGCCACGUUGGUUGAAGCUGGCAAGAUUAACGAGAGUCUGAUGUAUCUGGGGCAGUGUCUGCAGACGCAGAGCGAGCUGUCGUCGUCAACCAAGCCCAACGUUGUCCCAUAUCGCCAGUGUAAACUGACGGAGUUGCUCUUCUCCAAUUCAUUUCCGUCCUCGUCUUCCACAGCGCACCCUCACGCCCCUCGUCGCAAUCCUCAGCGAGGCGUCAUGAUUGUGACUGCCGACCCGAGGGGCGACUUCAACGCAACGUCUCAGAUUCUGCGGUACAGCGCUCUGGCACGAGAGGUGACGGUUCCCCGUAUCCCAUCCAUCACGGCUACGAUUCUUGCUCAAGCGCCGCCGACGGGCAAUCCGCGGCCAGUCAGUCCCGUGCAACACCACCCCCGACCCUUUGUGCCGCCCGGUUCGUCGGCAUCAUACAGAAACCACACGCCGCCCACGAAUGUGGACGAGCGCGCAACCAUGGAGAUUGCCGCACUGGAAAUCGCCAGAAUGAGCGACGAAAUCGACCAGCUCCGCGUAGAAGUCGACGAGCAGCUGGAAGCACGCAUGACGGCCGAAGCGCACCUGCUGAGCAUGGAGGACCGCAUGCUCGACCUCGAAGCUGCCAUCCGCGACGAGUGCGCCACAGAGUUCGAGCAGCGCCUCCUGCUGGAGCUGUCCCGCUUCAAGGCCUCCCUGAGCCUGGAGCAGGAGCGCAACGAAGAGCACUGGGAUCGCAAGGUGGACAUCCUCGAGCGCGGUCUGGAAAACGCCCCCGACGACGGCGAGUGCGACAAGGAGAAUGUCCUCGUGGAGGACCUCACGCAAGAGGUCGAGCGUCUGCGGCGGGAAAACGCCAUUCUCAAGCGCGAACUGGCCGGUCGGAGUCCCACCAAGCGCAAGCCCCUCGAGGAGAGGGACGAUUUCUCGCCCGCGACGGCGGCGACCUCCUCCAAGGACGGCGUGGCCAAUCUGGGCAGGAAGCUGGAGCGGAUGCGCGUGAGUGCGGAUAGCCUGAGGGCCGCGAGUGCGAACGCGGCCGGCGGGAGCCCCAAGAAGAUGCGCAAGCUGGCUAGCACGAAGCGCUGGGAAGAGGCGGGUGACUUUUGA